AUGCAUCUCCUACAUAUAAAGGUUGUGAGAGCUAAAAUUGAAAAUGCCCCUGCCACUGCAGUUAUUGUAUUCAAGGAAUCUGACAAAAUGGCUCAACUGAAGCAAAAACAGCUGGAAUCCGGUUUCGAACUAUUUAGGAAGUUUGCAAAAAUUGUGUAUGCAGAAGGAAAGUGGGACAUCACUGUGGGAGGGGUCAUGAAUUUAAUGGGUCGCGGUCGCCGUAUUUGA